GCGGCAGCGGUGCUUCACCCUCGCUCAGAGGAGACGAUGUAAAUAGCAGCAGGGAGAAAUGAAGUAAGUGUCUUUUCUUUCCCAGAGCUGCCCGUCAAAUGUCAGCGCGCAAUUGCGCAUUAGCCAGGAAACCCAGAGAUGUGAGACCAGUGGCACAAGAAGGGUGCGUGAAAAGCACCGCAGCGCCUGUACGAGAACAAACCUCCCGCUGUGACCCCGAUCUGAACUGGACCUGCACAUUUAUCUCAUGAUGCCCAGGUGAGCAUUUCUCCACAUGAGGCACCCCCCCACCCCCCUACGACCUGGACGCAGCUAGAGGCACCGCAGCGUUUAUUGGAGACAUUUGGCGCCUGAGGAUGAUGACUGUGUGUUGGGCUCACAUAUUCUGCAGCGACGGCCACUCACGGUGACAGUUCGCAUCGGGACAUGAGCUCAUGAGGAGUCUGGGCAUUUGAGAGGAGGCACCAUGGACGCAGCGGACGUGGUCGCUUCCGUGUUGGUUUUGGGGACGAUCUUCGUGUCGCUGCUGUCCAACGUCGUGGUGCUGAUCUGCUUCCUCUACAACCCGGAUCUCCGCAAGCAGGUGCCGGGACUGUUCAUCCUCAACCUGACGUUCUGCAACCUGUUGCUGAGCGUGUCCAACAUGCCCCUGACUCUGGUGGGGCUCAUCACCACGGGCCACCCCGGAGGCAGCGUCUUCUGCCAGGUCGUGGGCUUCCUGGACACUUUCCUCACCACCAACUCGAUGUUGAGCAUGGCAGCGCUCAGCAUCGACAGAUGGUUGGCGGUGGUGUUCCCGCUGAGCUACCACUCCAGGAUGCGCCACCGGGAUGCGGUGGUAGCGCUGGUUUACACGUGGACACACUCGCUCUGCUUCUCCAUAGUGGCCAGCUGCAGAUCCUGGGUCGGGUACCACCACCUUUACGCGUCAUGCACCCUGUGCAACGUCAGGGCGAAGGGAGCCGGGGAGCAGUUCAUCAUCUUCACCGUGGCUCUGCACUCGCUCACCUUCCUCCUGACGCUGGUCGUGAUGUGUGUGACUUACAUGAAAGUGCUGAAAGUGGCGAGGUUCCACUGUAAACGGAUCGACGUGAUCACUAUGCAGACGCUGGUGCUGCUGGUGGACAUUCUCCCCAGUGUGCGCCAGAGAUGCUUGGAUGAGCAGAGGCGGAGGAGGCAGAGGGCCACCAAGAAGAUCAGUACGUUCAUCGGCACAUUCGUGGUGUGCUUCAGCCCUUAUGUCAUUACGAGAAUUGUGGAGCUCUUCUGCCCAGGGCCCAUCAGCCCUCACUGGGGUGUGCUGUCCAAAUGUUUGGCCUACAGCAAGGCAGCAAGUGACCCAUUUGUCUACUCACUGCUGCGCCACCAGUACAGGAAGACCUGCAGCCUCCUGGCCAACAAGGUCCUCAAGAGGAGCCCGCUCAACCCCUCCUCCAUCAGGAUGGAGAACAACGUAGGGAGGAGCCACAAUAAUGUCAGCGCAAGCACCAACACCCAGCCACCUGCCAACGAGCCACAGUGAAGGUCAUCACUUUCAGAAAGAGUUAGAGUCUGAUGAUGAGCUAAAGGUUAUUUCAGAGAUUCAGAGGGGAGUGUGACUGUGGAUUGACCUCUGUGAGUGAGUUCAUUCAUGAUUACUCGUCCAAGGACAAUAGGGAAGUGCGUUGCAUUAACUCAAGCUCGGUUUUUCCUGAAUUAACGAUUGAAUUAUUUAGUUAUUUCAGAAAAACUGCAGAUUUUCUUUUUUUUUUAAGAAAAUGUUAGCGGAGAAAAUCAGACCUGUUUUUCCUGAAUUAAGGAAAUAUUUUUCACUUAGAAAAAAUUGUUGACACCAUACCAUACAGCUUUGUUAGAGGGCGCUUAUCGGGGUUGGGCUAAUAUACAGCAACAACCGGAGCAUCCAUGCUGAUGAGUGCUUCUUGCUGGAUUUUGAGGUAUGAUUUCUUUGUUAUCUUAUUAAUUCAUUAACUAUUAAGACAAAUAAGUUGAUAAUUCAUUUGAAUGCCAUACGCUUCCAUAGGACAAGGCUGAAUAUUCUGCAUUUUUCUUCCUGUCAAAAAAAUCCUGGGCAAAGUCCUGAUUCAACAGUGUGUUAAUCCGUCUUUUAAUACUUUCUGAAUUUUCUCAGGCUGUCUGGGGCACUCUGCAUCGUAUUUGCUCGGAGGACAUAAGUCUUAAAAGUAGGCCACAAAUACAAAGUUUCAAAUAGCUGCGUUUUGCAGAUUUUUGCAAUUGUUCCUCAAACAGGAGUUAAAAAAAGAUUUGAGGCAGCAGGACUGUGAAAUGUGAUAAAUCAUAGACGGCAUAUAAGGUGACUGCUCCACAAUAGUGAAGCCAGGUGGCUGGUGUCAGUGGAGGUUAUAAAUCCUGACUCCUCCAUGUUAGCAGAAGGGACAACUACAAAGUCAGUCAGUGCACGUCAAAUAUUUUUUCUUAAAUAUGGUUUCUGUCAUUCUAGGCAGUUAUAAGCCCACUGGUGUUCAUUUAUCCGUUAAGUUUGUUUUUAAUUAAUUAUUUGAUGCUAAAACGUGGAGAAACGUCAUGACAGGUCGAGUCCAUGUACUGGUGGGACCUUGCCUCAACUGCAAUGACUCUGGUACCAAAUGUGCAACAUGGCAGCAUACAUAUCCGGAACAUUUUGGCUUUCAAGUAGAGACGUGUGGUUUUUCAUAAUAUACAGUUUAUGGGAUUAAGGAAAAAAUGGCUUAAGUGUCCAUGUAGCACCCAUUGAAAUGAUGCAGCUCCUCUGUGAUUUUCAAGUGUCUGGUUGACGGUGGGCACAGACUGACUGUGGAACAGGAGAAUUUCAGUUAAUUUGGGCGUAAAACUCAAUAUUGUGGAGCAAUAUGAUGAAAAAUCCAGAGUACGUCAUAUACACAAACUAUAACUUAUUUCUAUAAACACAUUGUGCAUUUUAAUAUGAGAUUUUUCUAGUUGACCAAUCACGUUUCAGCAGGCUUUGGUUGCCCACAGGUAAACCGUUCACUGCACCGGAAGCCCAAGAAUAUCGUCCGUUACUGUUAAAGCUUUGAUCAAAUCAGUGACUCGAGUAUUUGCAUCAUUACUGUGCAGCUCUUUAUAAUCUAUAGGUCUUAAAAACAUCACAGACACAGUGUAAGAGCUUUUGAAUUCCACUUGAACUGAAUUUCGUGAAAUUCAAGCAUUACCUCUGACCUCAUUUUGAUUCUCUACCUGGAUGAAAAGCUGAAUGUUUUCAAGGAAUGACUCAAAGCGUACGAUGAUUUUAACAGUAU